AUGCUGCCCUCGUGGACCAUUGGCCUGCUCCUGCUGACCACAGUCACAGGAAAAGAGAUCUGCUACAGCCCUUUCGGCUGCUUCUCCAAUGAAAAACCAUGGACUGGCAUUCUCCAGAGGCCCUUAAACUUACUUCCUUGGUCCCCGGAGGUCAUCAACACCCACUUUCUUCUGUACACGAAUGAGAAUCCCAACAACUUCCAACUCAUCAGCUCCACUGACCUUGACACCGUUGAGGCUUCAAACUUCAACUUGAACCGCAAGACACGCUUCAUCGUCCACGGCUUCGUCGACAAGGGAGAGAAUGACUGGCUGGUGGACAUGUGCAAGAACAUGUUUCAAGUGGAGCAGGUGAACUGCAUCUGUGUGGACUGGAAAGGGGGCUCACACGCGGAAUACACCCAGGCCGUCCACAACCUCCGGGUGGUCGGAGCUGAGAUCGCCUACCUCAUCCAGGAGCUGUCGACCAAGCUGGGCUACAGCCCCGAGAACGUGCACAUCAUCGGCCACAGCCUUGGCUCACACGUCGCGGGAGAGGCCGGCCGGAGACUGGAGGGCCGCGUGGGCAGGAUCACAGGGCUGGAUCCCGCAGAACCGUGCUUCCAGGGCGCGCCCGAGGAGGUGCGCUUGGACCCGUCAGAUGCUAUGUUCGUGGAUGUGAUCCACACGGAUUCUGCUCCUAUCAUCCCAAACGUCGGGUUUGGAAUGAGCCAAAAGGUGGGCCAUCUGGAUUUCUUUCCCAAUGGAGGAAAGCAAAUGCCUGGAUGUCAGAAAAAUAUCAUUUCAACCAUUGUUGAUAUAAAUGGAAUCUGGGAAGGAGCCACUCACUUUGUAGCAUGCAACCACCUAAGAAGCUACAAGUAUUACUCAAGCAGUAUCCUCAACCCGGAUGGCUUUCUGGGCUACCCCUGUGCCUCCUACAAAGACUUCCAGGAGAAUCGUUGUUUCCCUUGCCCAGCUGGAGGAUGCCCCAAAAUGGGGCACUUUGCUGACCAGUUUCAGGGGAAAACCAAUGCUGUAGCACAAACCUUCUACCUGAAUACAGGAGAAAGUGAUAACUUCCCCCGUUGGAGAUACAGGGUCUCAGUCACACUGUCUGGAAAAAAGAGCAUGGGUGGCUUCAUCAAGGUUGCUUUGUAUGGAAGUAACGGAAACUCAAAACAGUAUCAAAUUUUCAAAGGAUCCCUCAAACCAGGAGCAAAUUAUGUGAAUGAUAUUGAUGUGGACUUUAAUGUUGGAAAAAUCGAGAAGGUCAAGUUUCUCUGGAACAAGAGUUGGCUAAAUCUCUUGAAGCGCAAAAUGGGAGCUUCCCAAGUCACAGUACAAAGUGGUGAAGAUGGAACUGAGUAUAAAUUCUGUGGCAAAGACACCGUGAAAGAAGAUGUUCUGCAAGCCCUUUACCCUUGUUAA